AACAGCGCUCAUCGAGCCUCAAAAGAGAGAAAACCUUUCUCUCUCCUGAUCGGCCAGUGACAUCACCAACUCGUCGAGGAGAGAGAGCGAGCGAGCGAGCUCUCCGAUUUAAGAAGAGAGAAGAGGAGUGAGAGGGAGCGGGAGGAAGGGGGAAAGGAGCAGGGAGCCUGCGCCUCGGGCCUCGGGCGACGGAACCCUAACAACCCUAGCGUCCGUCGAUCGCCGUUGCCGGCCAUGGCAGCGCCGGCGCCGGAUCGGGCGGCGCUGACGGUGGGGCCGGGCAUGGACAUGCCGAUCAUGCACGACAGCGACCGCUACGAGCUCGUACGCGACAUCGGUUCCGGCAACUUCGGCGUCGCGCGCCUCAUGCGCGACCGCCGCACCAUGGAGCUCGUCGCCGUCAAGUACAUCGAGCGCGGCGAGAAGAUAGAUGAAAAUGUCCAGCGCGAGAUAAUUAAUCAUAGGUCAUUGAAGCAUCCUAAUAUUAUAAGGUUUAAAGAGGUUAUUUUAACGCCGACACAUCUUGCUAUUGUCAUGGAAUAUGCCUCUGGUGGUGAGCUUUUUGAGAGAAUAUGUAAAAAUGUGCGAUUCAGUGAAGAUGAGGCUCGCUACUUCUUCCAGCAGCUUAUCUCAGGAGUAAGCUACUGCCAUUCGAUGCAAGUAUGUCACCGUGAUCUGAAGCUGGAGAACACACUUCUCCACGGGAGUGAUGCUCCUCGCUUAAAGAUAUGUGACUUCGGCUAUUCCAAGUCUUCAGUUCUUCAUUCACAACCAAAAUCAACUGUCGGAACACCUGCUUAUAUUGCACCUGAAGUUCUAUUGAAAAAGGAAUAUGAUGGCAAGAUUGCUGAUGUGUGGUCCUGUGGUGUGACUCUCUAUGUUAUGGUAGUUGGUGCAUAUCCUUUUGAAGAUCCAGAAGAGCCUAAGAACUUCCGCAAGACAAUUCAGCGUAUCUUGAAUGUUCAGUACUCAAUUCCAGAUAAUGUGAACAUAUCUCCAGAGUGCAGGCAUCUUAUUUCAAGGAUUUUUGUUGGUGAUCCUGCUCUGCGGAUUACAAUCCCUGAAAUACGGAACCAUAGUUGGUUCUUGAAGAACCUUCCUGCUGAUCUGAUGGAUGAUGAUAGCAUGAGCAACCAGUACGAGGAGCCUGAUCAGCCAAUGCAGACCAUGGAUCAGAUAAUGCAAGUUUUAACAGAGGCCACCAUACCACCUGCUUGUUCUCGCAGUAUAAACGUCCUAGCUGAUGGGUUGGACAUGGACGAUGACAUGGAUGACCUUGAAUCCGAUUCGGAUCUUGAUAUUGACAGCAGUGGUGAGAUCGUGUAUGCAAUGUGAGUUAUACUUCAGAUAACCAUCUUAUCAGGCAUAGGAUGCCCUGAUGUUGUGUACUUGUCAAAGAACUAGCAUCCUUUUGUGAAAAGUCGUUCUGUAGUUUGUUCAGUUUCUUGAGAAUGGGAUCGCAAUCCUGUUCGAAUCAAAAACAGUAAUGUUGUUGUAAAAACAACUGGGUUUACUCCCCCUGGAAAACUAGGUUCCCUCUUC